GUCAUUAUGUCCACAUAUUUACAAAUUAGCGUGAUUCUGUACGUGUAAUUAUUUACCAUAUUGACAAAAGAUAUCAGAUAGGCAGCUGCGCGCGCGCAUUCAACCGCGCGACGUAUCGGAUAGCGCACGCGCGUAUUUUUUUUUGUAUGUGAAAUAAAUCGAUACGUAAAAAUGAUGCUCGCUGGAGCUGAAAUAGUGAAAGAGAGUGUAGCGUUCAAGAAAGACGAUCAUGGAAAUUCCGCGGCUGUCAUCGCACCAGGACCCUCUCAGCCGGGGACAAUGGGCCUCACCCGGGUACCAACUAAGGAACCCGUUGAUAUCCAGUUCACAAACGUCACUUGCAACGUUUCGCUGGGAAUAAACAAAGGAACCAAACAAAUUCUUCAUGGAGUCAACGGACGGCUUCGACCAAAACAAUUAAUUGCUAUUAUGGGACCGUCAGGCGCCGGCAAGUCUACGUUGUUAGAUGUGCUAUCCGGCUAUAGAACUACAGGUGUCGGAGGGGCUAUAUUUAUCAAUGGACGUGGAAGAAUCAUGAAAAAUUUUAAGAAAAUGUCAUGUUACAUCCAACAAGAUGACAGACUUCAAGGUCUCCUCACCGUUGGUGAGAACAUGACAAUAGCAGCCGAUCUCAAACUACCUACAAAAAUGGACAAGUACGAGAAAGGCGAAGUGAUCGAAGACAUCCUGACUAAUUUGGGUUUAUAUGAGCAUAUGAACACACGCGGAGCUCAACUAUCGGGAGGGCAACGAAAGCGACUCUCUAUUGCAUUGGAGCUUAUCAACAAUCCCCUCGUUAUGUUUCUUGAUGAGCCAACCACGGGCUUGGAUAGUUCAUCAUGUAGCCAAGUAGUGCAACUGUGCCAAAGCCUCGCUCACCAGGGUCGAACAAUCGUGUGUACAGUCCAUCAACCCUCUGCCACAUUGUUCGCUCUAUUCGACCAAGUAUAUGUGUUAUCAGCUGGAAACUGCUUAUACCAGGGAACUACGACGAACCUAGUCCCAUAUCUGGAAGAAGCUGGUAUUCCUUGCCCGAUCUAUCAUAAUCCGGCCGAUUACAUCAUUGAAUUGGCGUGUGGUGAAUACGGCGAAGAUAAAAUACCGAUCUUGAUUACAAAGGCUGAAAAUGGAAAAGCACUACAAUGGUUCAAUAAUCCAGAGACUAUACCUACAAUGGAGUUGCUUAGAAAACAGUAUCCUUUAAGUGUAAUGAGGGAUCAAGACACAACCACAGGGGAAGAGGAAACGCCACAAUCCAAUCAAAGAUCAGUGCUCAUAAAGCGAGGAUUCCUGAAAGCAAAACGUGAUCCUACGAUGACACAUCUCAGGCUGAUGGUGAACGUAGUAGUUGGUAUUAUGCUUGGAGCUCUCUUUAUCAACGCUGGUAAUGAAGGCUCCCGUGUAUUGGAGAAUUACAAUCUUUUAUUUGCCAUUCUCAUGCACCACAUGAUGUCGCCUAUGAUGUUAACAAUUCUUACAUUUCCAUCAGAAAUGUCAAUACUAUUAAAGGAACAUUUCAACAGAUGGUAUUCUCUUGGUUCUUACUACAUUUCGAUAACAAUAGUGGAUCUACCAAUUUCGAUAGUAUCCUGUGCCAUAUUCAGUGUGAUCGUUUACUUGAUGUCGUCUCAGCCGCUUGACAUUGCGCGCUUCGCCAUGUUCUUCGCCAUUUCAGUUUAUACUGUACUGGUCGCGCAGAGCUUCGGACUUAUGGUCGGAGCCGUCUUCAAUGUUGUUAAUGGAACAUUUCUUGGACCAACAUUGUCCGUGCCAAUGAUGAUGUUUGCCGGCUUCGGUGUUACAUUACGAGACCUGCCACCUUAUCUGGCCUGGGGUUCUUAUGUGUCAUAUUUAAGAUACGGUCUAGAGGGCUACAUUGGUGCAAUAUAUGGCUUGGAUAGACCCACCCUGGAAUGCAAUGAAGCUAAAUACUGUCACUACAGGUAUCCUCGCACGUUUCUGAAGGAAAUUGCUAUGUCGCCAAACAUGUUCUGGUGGGACAUCCUCGCCCUCACAGUUACGCUGCUCGUUCUAAGAACUGCUUCAUUUUUCCUGCUCAAAUGGAAACUCAGUGCUGUCCGAUAAUUAUUAUCAGCAUUUAUUACUUAUAAUUUAUAUAAAUUCAGAUAUGUUAAAAAUAUUUUAAUAGCAUUAGUAUCGGAUUUUACUGCUCAAUUUAUUUAUUUUUAUUAAUAGUUAAUUUAGCUAAUCGCCAGUUUCCGAAAUAAGAAUUAAUUCAUUAACUUAUUUGGCUAAAUACUGAACGCUCAUUGGUCGCCUCCUGCGUCAAUGGCGGCCAUCGACCAAUUACAGUUCAGAUGUAUGUAAAAUUAGUUAAUUUGACUUGUUCAUCAAUAACGGUCAAUGUUUCAGAAACUGGAGAUAAGUCUCACUAGGUUUAUUGACAUAAUUAUAAAAAAAGUAAUUAAUAUUUUACUAUGAAAUUAAGUAUAUCUCGCCAAAAAAUAUACGAAUAUUCUAGUAAUACUUUAAAAUUACAAAUAUGUAUUGUCGCUACAUCAUUCCAAAUUGAUUGAAUAUUUAUGAAAGAUAGUAUUUAUACUACCCCCCAAUUAUGGGUUUUUUAUGAUUAUACUAUUCUUAGUGCUUAGAUUUUAUCUAACCUUAGAUCGAAAUUAAGUACUGAAAGUUUAACUAUGGACGUAUUUAUAUCAAUUAUAACGAUCUCAUAAAAAGCGUACUAUCUUUCAUGAAUUCCAUUCGCAUCACUCGUCAAAUUAUCUCGUUAUAUUUAAUAUAAAAAGGCAAUAUUUAUUGUGCGCUAUUUACCGUAAAACGAAAUGCAUUCAUAUUCAUAGAAUUCGUCAUAUUGAUAAUU